CCGGAGCGAAGGGACCAUGGAGCUGAGUGAGCUUCUGUAUAACAAGUCCGAAUAUAUAGAGACCGCAUCUGGGAAUAAAGUGAGCCGUCAGUCUGUCCUGUGUGGCAGCCAGAAUAUUGUACUUAAUGGGAAGACAAUUGUUAUGAACGACUGUAUUAUACGAGGUGAUUUGGCAAACGUUCGAGUGGGGCGUCACUGUGUCAUCAAAAGCCGCAGUGUGAUCAGGCCUCCGUUUAAGAAAUUUAGCAAAGGUGUGGCGUUCUUUCCUUUACACAUCGGCGACCAUGUUUUCAUCGAAGAGGACUGUGUGGUUAAUGCAGCGCAGAUUGGCUCAUAUGUACACAUAGGAAAGAACUGUGUGAUUGGCCGUAGAUGUGUCUUAAAAGAUUGCUGUAAGAUUCUGGACAAUACUGUUUUACCUCCAGAGACUGUGGUUCCUCCCUUCACGGUGUUUGCUGGAUGUCCGGGUCUGUUUUCUGGAGAGCUCCCAGAAUGCACACAAGACCUCAUGAUUGACGUGACCAAGAAUUACUACCAGAAGUUCCUACCCCUGACACAAAUUUAGAAGUCUCUUCUCAUGGCUUGAGCUUUCUCCUUUUUUUUUUAAUUUGUUAAUGUAUAUAUGUUAUGUGCAUCCAAUAGAUUAACAGUGUAUGAAAUUGUCUCCCUCUAGCUAUGUAACACUAUAUAUUUAUUAAUGCCCUUACUUACUCCCUCUCACCUAUUCGAUACUCUGUUAUCAACUGUAUUGAACCUGAAGAGCCCCAGCUUGGACAUUUGUUAUGAUAAUCCCGGCUGCGAGUGCCUUAGGAAACCCAUGCGCAAUGCUCCACUGCCCUCCUAGCAUUGCCAGUGCUGCACUUUUCAUUAAAACGAAUAAUGGCAUUCACUA